AGAAACCGGAAGUGGUCCGUCUGGAAAUUCCUUCCCCCAAAAAAUCUUCUCGUCGAACGUCCAAAGAGGAGUCAGAGUAUCUCGACAGGGUUGAUCACGAUUAAUUCGACUCAACGUGUCGGAUUGAAGAAACAGAGUGAUUGUUGUUCAUAAAAUAACGUCAGUUGACAUUUCGCUUGUUGACAGCUGGUGCGAGCUCAAAACCGACAGGUUAAUAUCAGGAUGGCGGAGGCGCCAGGUACUUCUAGCGAGACGAUAACGGAGACCGUUCAAGUUGACACACCGCCACCGCCCCAGCAGGAGGGACGUAGCCUGACCAUCAAGCUGAGGAAGAGAAAGACUGACAAGAAGGUGGAGUGGUCCAGCGACACAGUGGACAACGAGCAUCUGGGAAGGAGGUCCUCCAAGUGUUGCUGUGUCUACGAGAAGCCCAAACAGUUUGGGGAGUCCUCCUCUGAAAGUGAGGGAGAUGACGAGGGCUGUGGAAGUGCACACUGCAUUCUGGGACAUGGGAAAGAUGGCAGGCAUGGACACAGAGGAGGGGGUGGGGGGAGUACGGUUCCUCCAAGCUCUGGGGGAUCACAUGCCCACUAAUGAUUAGGAAUGGUGCUGAGGGAGGAAUGGAGCAUAGGGAUUCUUCAGUCGAUGACAAUGACACAUUAUACUGCUACACACAUGCUCUCAUUUAGUUCAGUCACUGCAGUACUGAGAGAAAAAGGACGAGACAGAUAAAACUGAGGGAGGGAGAGAGCCUAUAUUUCUGCCUGUUUGAUAAGAAAAAGGUGUACAAUCAUUUUCCUUAUUUUUAUAACUAAUAAUUAUCCUUAUUUAUUGAUUUGUCGUAAUACUUGAUUUUACUUAAUUAUGUGUCAGUAUCUUAGCCUGAGUGCCAGACAGUGUUCCUUCUUGUCAAACAAGGAUUUGGAAAUAUGAUUAUGUAACAUUGUAGAGUGCAUAAAUAGUCUAGUACCCAGGCUACCACUAAGUCUGGGUCCCAAAUGACACCCUGUUCCCUAUAUACGGCCCUGGUCAGAAGUAUUCACCGCUCUUGGCAUUUUUCCUAUUUUGUUCCAUUACAACCUGACAUUUU